AUGCGCUCCUCGGAGGAGGGCAUGCCCGAACUGGGCUCAGAGGGACGACCGACCCUUCGUGUUCAGAUGCCGUCUUACUCAGAAAUGAGCUCAAACAGUGAAAAGCCCAAGGGCACUCUUGAUCCCGACCAUUUGGUUCCCGAAACGGCACCCCUCAGUCCCGCCGAGUCUAGAGAAGUCGCCAACAGACUUAACGACGACCUCGAGCUUCUCCGUGUCGAACGUAUUGUCUCUCAUCAGCAACAAAACGACGCCCGUUCGAGAAACCGAAGUCACCAUGAGCGUCCCGACCAAGUCGAAGAUGCCUUCAACUCAGCCACGCCUGCUCCCAUCACCGCCAGGACUCCGGAGAAAAAGUCGACCUGGCUUACACGACUUUGGGUUUCGUUGAAGAGAUUCCCUCGCGUUCUUCGCUACGUUGUCUACGCCAUCCCAGCCGGCAUCCUCAUUCUGAUACCAGUCUUCUUGGACUUGUUUGCCUAUGACGGCAAUAGCGAACCAGUUGGUGGUGAGGGAGGUGUUCAGCUGCUCUGGUUUGGAAUCUGGCUUGAGGUGGUCUGGUUAUCGCUAUGGGCUGGUCGCAUUCUCACCUCCAUCAUGCCUGCCACCGUUGCCUUCAUUGCAGAUACCGUCGGAUCAAGCAACCACAAGAAGUGGCGGGAUAUCGGACGCCAAAUGGAGUUUCCGACUGCCCUUUUCGUUUGGAUGCUGGCCGUCUUGGUGUCAUACAAGCCUAUAUUGAAUCACCGAGUCAUUAAUGAUCCCGACAAUGACGGCAGCAUACCUUAUGUCACCUGGGUCGAUGUUCUUUACAAGAUCAUCAUAGCCUUGUUUGUGCUGGCAACGCUCAAUGUGGCCGAGAAGAUUCUGAUUCAGUGGAUCGCAGCUUCGUUCCACCUGCGUACCUACUCGCACCGCAUUCGGGAAAACCAGAUGCAAAUCGACUGCCUUAUCACUCUUUACUCGUACGCCAAAACCCGGCUGGAAGAACAAGACCCGGUCUGGGAUCCCAACAGUGACAGAAACAACUCUUCUGGGAGCCGAACACCGAUGAAGGCCAUCCAUUCCAAUGCCCGUCAGGCUUGGAACAAGGUGGGCAACGCUGCCAGUCGCAUGGCUGGCGACUUUACUGGGCGAAAGGUUGCCAAGAACAAUCACAAGAGAGUUGUGUUGGAGCUGCUCCGAGAGACAGCAUCGAGUUACACACUCGCCCGCGUCUUUUACCGUACUUUUGUUCGUCCGGACCACAACACUAUCACGGUAGAUGAUCUCCUGCCAGCAUUCCCAACUCCUGAGGAGGCUGAGUUAUGCUUCAACGUCUUUGACAAAGAUCUCAAUGGUGACAUUUCUAUGGAGGAGCUUGAGAUGGUUUGCAACGAGAUCCACCUGGAGAAGAAGGCGAUUGCCGCCUCUUUGAAGGAUCUGGACUCUGUCAUCAAGAAGCUGGACGAAGUGUUCAUGUUUCUUGUUGCGGUUAUUGUCAUCAUUGUGUUUAUCAGCAUCAUCUCCAACUCGGCCGCUGCAGCGCUCACCUCGACGGGUACGGUUAUACUGGGUUUGUCGUGGCUUCUUCAGGCCACCGCUCAGGAAUUUCUUCAGUCCAUCAUCUUCGUCUUUGUCAAACACCCCUUCGACGUCGGUGACCGCGUCACCAUCUACGGCAACACCGGCUCCAUGAUGCGAGGUGAUGACUACUACGUCAUCGAGAUCUCCCUUCUCUACACCGAGUUCAAGAAAAUGGAAGGUCAUGUCGUGCAGGCGCCCAACUCGCUGCUCAACAACCUCUUCAUCCUCAACCAGCGCCGCAGUCAAGGUCUCGCCGACCCGAUCAAUCUCAAGCUCCGCUUCGGCACGACAGAAGCCCAAAUCGAGGAGCUCAAGUCCAGAAUGCUGGAAUUUUGCCUCCAGAACAAGCGUGAUUAUGCCCCAAGGAUUAUCUCUGAAGUUCAGACCAUUGACGAGGUUGCGUCGAUCACCAUGAACAUCAUCUUUUUCCACAAGAGCAACUACCAAAACGAGCUCCUCCGUCUCACACGCCACAACCGUUUUGCCGUCGAGCUCAUGAGGCAGAUGCACGACAUGGGUCUGGAGACGCCUCGUCUUGUUGCGCCUGGUGGUGGGAGGGACAUGCCUAUGUAUUGGGCUUCGAUCCCACCCCCUGGGUACUCCCAGCGGGAUCAUGGACCUGACAACACACCUGGAACUACUGGCGAACCAGUCACGGCCGUGCCUCUUCCCAGCCCGAACGCAGCAGCAAGGAGGAGGGCCAACAGCCGUGCCGCGGUUGUGGAGGCGGGGAUGGAUUUUCAGGAUGUGUAUCACAGCCGGAAGAGGGAUAAUUCCGUGACGAGGCUGGCGUCGAUUAGUCAGUCGCCGAGGGAGGAUGAGGAGGAGGAGAAUAAUGGGGAUGGGGCCUCUCGGGCGGGGGUGAGUAUUGAUCAGCAUCUGGAGAAGGUUGCGAGUAGGGAUAGUGCUUCAACUAGAAGAGGGAAGUUGUGGCCUAUGAGGUCGGUAAGUAGGGCUGGGAGUGGGCAGCAUCAUUCUCGGUAUCAGGGGAGUGGGGGGAGUGGUGCACCGGGAGCGAUUGUUUAAGUGUAGGGAGGGUUUAAUGAUGGGCUUAUGGGAAGGGAUUUUGGCUGUUGAAAGCGGAUACCCGGGAGACAAGGCAACAUUUUUUACGUUCAUUUUUUUUCUCAUUUGCAGACACACACACACAUUUUUACAUUCUGGGCCUGUGGCCGCAUAGGUAUAUUUUGGGCUUUUUAAACAUUUUCUAGAUACCUACAACAGAGUUUCCAUUUUUGUCACGCAUAUCAAAUAGGAAAUGAGUUCUCAGCAACAACAUUAAUGCCUCUGGCCGGUAAAAUAUUGAUACAGUGAAUUGCCCCUUUUUUUUUAAAAAAAA